GUCACGUGAUGCUUACAACGCAUAUAGAGAAUUGAGAUACAGAAAGAGAAGUGAUGGAGGCACUGGCAAGAAUGUUUGGAGCUAAGAAAGGCGAGCCCCCUACCCCUCAAAUGGCCAUUCAGAAACUGAGAGAGACGGAGGAAAUGUUAAACAAGAAGUCUGAGUUCCUCGAGAAGAAGAUUGACCAAGAGAAUGCUCUGAUCAAGAAACAUGGACUCAAGAACAAGAGAGGUGCCCUAAACGCUCUAAAAAGAAAGAAGAGACUUGAAAAGCAAUUACAACAGAUUGAUGGUACAUUGUCCACCAUUGAAUUCCAGAGAGAGUCGCUCGAGAAUGCACAGACGAAUACGGAAGUGCUCAAGAAUAUGAGCUAUGCAGCCAAAGCAUUGAAAGCAGCUCAUGCCAAUCUAGAUGUUGAUGAUGUACAUGACAUGAUGGAUGACAUUGAAGAGCAGAACGUCAUAGCCCAGGAGAUCAGCGAUGCGCUUUCGACACCUUUUGGGAUGAACCAAGAACUAGACGAUGAUGAGUUAUUAGCAGAGCUGGAAGAGAUGGAGCAGGCAGAGCUUGAUGAGCAAUUGUUAGAUACUAAUACUCCAGUUAAUCUGGAACUGCCUACCAUACCUGAUGUCCCUAAUUCUACAAUCAAGUCAAAAGAAAAGGAUGAUGAAUCUGAUUUGAGGGAAUUGGCUGAGUGGUUAAACUAGCCUUCUCUUAUUUCUUCCAGUCUUCUUUGUCUUUCGUCCUACAGCUUUUUUAAACACUAAUAAUCGUUGUGUUAUUCGAUACUGAAAUUUUAUAUAAUAGUUUCGACUAGUUUCUUGUUUUUGUUUUAUUUAGCCCCAUGCAACUGGGUAAUUUAAUUAAUUAUAAACCAUUAAUAUUGAUCAAAAUGAUUUUAUGUAAAUUAAUUAUUUAUUAUUAGUACUCAGUUCACAGGCUCUACUAUACAGGCA